AUGAAGGGACAGACUGGAAAAGAGAAAAAUGGAACAGAUAGGAGCAGAUUUGACAAUGUGACAACAUACAGCACCUCUUUGGCCAACUUUACAUCUCACCUAAGAAACAGACUCUGCAAUAAAAUCCAUGGUAAUUCUCCAGUAAAUUCUUCCUGCCAAGUUUGUCCUGCAUAUUGGCAUCUCCACAGGAACAAGUGCUAUUGGUGGCCAUCAAACAUGCUUCUUAAAAAUUGGAGUGACAGCAAAGAUAACUGUGCAGCAAAGAAUGCACAACUGUUGGUCAUUCAAGACAAGGACAUUUUGGAUUUCGUAACAAUAAUCACCCAGGAUAAACAUUACUCAUACUGGAUUGGACUGUCAUUAUCAUUUCCUGAGAAGAAAUUGAAGUGGAUUACUGCCUCCCAAAUAAACAGAAAUAUGAUCCAAGGACCAAAACAUGGUGAAGGGCAAUAUUGUGGAGCAAUAAGGAACAGCAAAAUCAUAUUUGAUGCGUGUAGCGCUGAAUUCCGGUGGAUUUGCAAACAGGACACUGUCUUGAUAUGAUCUUGAAAGCUAGUACAUAAGAUAAGGAUGUUGUUACUAAUAAUCUUGUGGUUUGAUAGAAACAUGUCUGCACAAA